UACUUGUGUGCCCCUAUAGGGAUGUCAAACAUGGACUUGGAGUUUGAGGAGUGAGCUCAGCCGAUUUCCAACUAGAACGAACUUGGCCACAUCGACAUUCGACUUGGUACUGAAACCAGCGAGAUACAAUCAGAAAAUAUGGGGAAGGAGAUCGAGGAAGGAGAAAACUCAAAGCCAUCGACGGGCAAACAAGAACUGGAUCAGCAUCAGUCAGCUACUUCAUCACCACCCGAACUACCCCCAAAGACUGCCAUCCAGAGUUAUCCAUCGAUUAUCACCACCACCAACCAUUCGAAGCAGUCAAAUAAGAUCCUGAUCAGGUUCUUAUUCUCGCUCUCCAACUUCAUCUUCUUCGGCGGAACUCUGGCAGGCCUUAUCGUGUGGUUCUAUCAAAAGUACAUCUUCCCAAAGUUGCGAAUCCGGACAGAAAUAUUGAAAUCAUUGCGACUCUCGACUCUGAAAUCGUACGACAAACUCCACCAAAGCUUGAAGAGUUUAAUCCAGUCAAACCCUAGACUAUAUCAAUCCACCCUCGCAAAACUCUCGGGAAAAGUCGACCAAGUAUUAUCUACCUCGAGCGAUGCUAAGACCGGGGAUGGGCUGGAUGACGCAGGAAAGGCGAGCGAUCAAAUUCAAGUAUCUGAAGGCUCAAGCACAACAGAUGAAAAAACUCAGGUCCCCGAUAUCGUCCCCUCAUCAUCAUCAUCAACAUCAUCAUCAUCGAUAUUGGACGAAAAAGAACUUCAAAAUGAGCCCCAUAAACCAUCAUCAGAUCGAGAAGAAUUCAAUCAGCCGGUUAUCGACUACCUAGAGAAGAUUGCCCAAGGUUUACGCAAGAGAUCCGAUAAUCGUAGACCAGUCCAGAUUGAAGAGUCGGAUGAUGAGCAGAUGGAUGAGUCGAGGGCAGGAACGGAGAGGAGUCUGGGAGGGAUCGAGAGUCUGACGAAGAGUCUGAAAUCGAUGGGGGCCGAGCUUGCCGACGAAGCCCAACUGAACACUAGGGUUCACCAGAAGCUCUCGGCCUCCUCCCACCCUCAUCGGGCCUUCGGGCUCAACCAUUGGACCGCCUCCUUCAACGCUACCCGUUACCCUGACGCUCCACCACCCAAGAACGUCGACGAAGACCCCUACUUUAUCGCCCUCAUGGAAUUCAAAAAUCAGAUCAGGAACCUCAAGGGCGUCCUCCUCAAUCGCAAAAAGUUUUAUUGAUUGACGCCUCAAACAGCCAUCAAUACAUUGUCAUGUCAAAUACUGACUCUUGGACAACUGUGUACUCUUUGAGCUCCUUCAGUAACUCAUAGAUGUCACUAUAAUCAACCUAUUGUUUUUUUUUCACGUUCUCUGUAGAAUUCAUCGUCACAAAUGACAUCACAACUGCCUUGAUCAACUUGCAUGAAUUCAAGCAAGCAAAACAAAGUAUGAAAAUAAGAGCAUAAAAUUUGUAAAUGAUUUUUUUGCUAGGGUUUGAGGGUGUUAUCAUGUUUUUGGAUGUAACAUACCAUCAAUGACCAUGUAGACUUUGGGAUUACAUUUUCUUCCUGGGACCCAUUUGAGACAACCAAUAACUCACAAUCCUUCAUUGAUUUACUUUUCAAUUCUGCUGAAGAUGUUUUACUUUACAUAUUGCACAUCCAAUUCUUGAUCCAUAUAUCAAUCUCUCUUGUUAGUGAAGAAAAAUUGGGGAAACAUUUACCAUUGGACUUGUAGUGAUAUACCAG